UACAUGAAUAUGAAAAUCGGGCUCGGAAGUAUGGCGCCGAAGAGCCCUCGUUUCCCCGCGCUUCGCGUGCAGCAACCCCUGAACAUGAAUAUGCACAAGUAGAUACAAUAUGACCAAGGCCUUGCGAGAUAUCGCCCACCGUAAGCUCAGAUAGGCUAAAGAAACUAAGGGAGUGUGUGCCCUGACCCCACAUGAGGUUGUAUGGGGUAAGUUCUUUCAAUUUUCAACCUGGAGUGUUUGAGCUAGGCAGUCCAGAUUGGACCCCACCUCCACACCUGGUUGUAGAAACCCCGCAUUUGGAGCUUGACAGCUCUCCACCAGCUCUAGCUCAUGAGGUAGCUGGAGCCUUGGGGAGGAGUUGGGGUACCCAAAGAUCUGAGAUUCCUCGAGUGUGGAGUGCAGCAAAAUUAUCUUGCGACAUAAGAUAAGACAGAACUCUAUCAUUGUGUACACUCAAUCGAAUAAACAUCGCUUAAUUGUGAGAAUAACAAUAAUGUCCAACGAGAAAAAGAUAAAGAAGGUCAUCGUAGUCGGUGCGGGUCCGUCAGGCCUCCUCCUCGCAAUUCUCCUUGCGAAGCAGGGCAUUGAAGUCGUCAUACUCGAUGGCGCCGCGGAUCUGGACAAGAACCCUAGAGCAGCACAUUAUGCCCCGUCAGCUAUCCGAGAAAUGAAGCGCGCAGGCGUCCUCGAAGAGCUCCAGAAACAAGGCUUCGUUCCCGACUCUGUUUGCUGGCGAAACCCAGAUGGCUCGCUCAUUGCUGGUAUCAGGACAGAUGUGCAUCAUCCCGAGGCCAUGGUGGUGUUGCCGCUGGAUAGAUUGGUGGUCCUGCUGUAUAACCACUUUGUAGCGCUGCCUGGCACGGAAGUGAAGUGGAACCAUAAGGUUGUGGGAAUCGAGCAUGGAGAGAAGGAAGCGAAGGUCAAGGUCGAGACCAAGGAGGGAGAAAAGACCUUUGCUGCAGAUUAUGUGAUUGGGGCCGAUGGCGCGAACAGCCAGAUUCGGAGGUCAUUAUUUGGCGAUAACGCAUUUCCGGGCGAGACUUUGCAAUAUCAGAUUAUUGCUACCAAUGUAUACUACGACUUCCACCAGUUUGGGUAUUGGGAUUCAAACUUCAUCAUUCACCCCAAGGACUGGUUUAUGGCAGCACGCAUCACUACGGACGGGCUCUGGCGCGUAACGUAUGGUGAUACGUGGGGUCUGACAAACGAGGAAUAUCUCAAGAGGCUACCACAAAGAUUCGAGGAGCUUCUGCCGGGGAAGCCGAAGCCGGGAGACUACAAGCUUUACAGCGCGAGCCCGUACAAGUUGCACCAGCGCUGCGCCGAAAGCUUCAGAGUUGGGCGGUUUCUUCUGAUAGCAGACGCUGCACACCUAUGCAACCCAUUCGGAGGUUUUGGUCUAACAGGUGGCUUUGCCGAUGUUACCAGUCUGUAUGACUGUCUAAUGGCCAUCCAGAACGGCCUCACAGACGAAUCUAUCCUUGACAAAUAUAGCGAGGUUAGAAGAAAGAAAUGGCAUGAGCUUGUUGAUCCGAUUUCAAGAGCGAACUUUCGACGAGUUUGGACCGAAGACGCAAGCGCUGAAAGGAACGAGUUCUUUGCGAUGUGCAAGAAAAUGGAAACAGACGAGGCAAUGCGAAAACAAGGGCAGGAGGUGAGUGUCCACAUCUUCACCACCCGGCGACUAGAAUUAACUGAUGGCAGUUAACCCAUAUAUUGAACGAGGACUUCACGCCGUAUUUCUCAAAGCCGAUAGCAACAUGAAGCGGGAUAGCAAACAACAGGUAGCUCAUGUCAUCGAGGCUGAGUAAGAGGCACUUGCCAUGAGCACGGGCGUAGGGAUCUGGUCAAUAAAGUGCAACGCUGUAGAUAAUGUAGAUAUAGCCACCCAAAUUUAAGAACUCCUAUGCAGGACUCCAACACUAA